AUGAGUGAAAUGGAAGGAAAUGAAAGAUUAGAAAUGAAUUCAGGACCAAUAUUGAUGAAAGGACAUAGACAGACAAUGGAAGUAGAUAGAGAAGAAAAGCCGUUAUUUGCAAAUGAAUAUGAAAAAAUUAUGGGAAAGCUUUUACCAAUAUUGCCCGAUCUUGAGACGAUUUGUGAGACAUAUUAUACAUGGCACGUUGAGAGCUGGCAGAGUCUUGGGAGGAAGGCGUAUAGCCCUGAAUUUACAAGUGGUAAUUUUAUUUGGAGAAUGCUUGUUUUUCCAUAUGGCAACUAUCAAAAUGAUCAGUUUUCUAUAUAUCUUGAAUGCCAGCCAUCAGAUCGGACUUCUGCAUGGUAUUGUUGUGCACAGUUUUGUAUUGUUAUGUGGAACAAAAAUGAUCCUUCUGUUUGGGUGCAUCAUUACGCUACACAUCGUUUUAUUCCGGAAGAAUCAGAUUGGGGAUUUUCUCGUUUUUAUGACCUUCGUAAAUUGAUGAUGAGAUUUGAAGGUCGAGAUCAUGCUAUUAUUGAGAAUGAUGAAACAUCGAUUACGGUCUAUCUUCGAAUUGUUAAAGACUCGACUGGUAUUUUAUGGCAUAGUUUUAUAAACUAUAAUUCUAGGAAAGAAACAGGAUAUGUUGGCCUUAAGAAUCAGGGUGCAACCUGUUAUAUGAAUUCUCUUCUACAAUCUCUUUAUUUUACAAAUUUUUUUCGACGCGCCGUAUAUAUGAUACCCACAGAAAAAGACGAACCUAAUGAUAGUAUUGCACUUGCAUUGCAAAGACUAUUCUAUCUUUUACAAACAUCUUCAGAACCCGUGAGUACUAUUGAAUUGACUCGUUCAUUUGGAUGGGAUACAUUAGAUUCUUUUAUGCAACAUGAUAUUCAAGAGUUUAACAGAGUUUUACAAGAUAAUUUAGAAGGAAAAAUGAAAAAUUCAGAAGCAGAAAAUGCCCUCAGUAAAUUAUUUGUGGGCAAAAUGAAAAGUUAUAUUAAGUGUGUUAAUGUUGAUUAUGAAUCAUCUCGAAGCGAAGAUUUUUGGGAUAUACAGCUUAAUGUUAAAGGAAUGAAGACUCUUAAAGAGUCUUUUCGUGAUUAUAUUCAGGUCGAAACAUUAGAUGGUGAUAAUAAGUAUUUUGCAGAAGGAUAUGGUCUUCAAGAUGCAAAAAAAGGCGUUAUUUUUCAGUCAUUUCCACCAGUUUUACACUUACAGUUGAAAAGGUUUGAAUAUGAUAUUCAACGCGAUACAAUGGUUAAAAUUAAUGAUCAUCACGAAUUUCCAUUGGAAAUAGAUUUAGAGGAAUUUUUAUCAGAUGACGCCAAUAAAUCUCAACCACAUGUAUAUAAACUUUAUGGAGUUUUGGUACAUAGUGGUGAUUUACAUGGUGGUCAUUAUUAUGCAUUGCUUAAACCAGAAAAAGAUGGUCAUUGGUAUAAAUUUGAUGACGAUAGAGUAACAAGGGCAACUCUCAAAGAAGUUCUUGAUGAAAAUUUUGGAGGUGACAUGUCCCCUACAAAUAGUUAUAUAAAAAAUCCAUAUUCUCGUAAUACUUCAUUAAAGAGAUAUAUGAAUGCUUAUAUGCUGGUUUAUUUUCGUGAAAAUGAACUUGAUGAAAUAUUAAGACCUGUUGUAGAAUCUGAUAUACCAGAACAUCUUCGUAAAAGACUAGAAUCUGAGAAAGCAGCUUUAGAAGCACGAAGAAAAGAAAGAGAAGAAAUGCAUUUGUAUCUUUAUGUAAAAAUUGUUACAGAUGACCAUUUUAAAGACCAUCAGGGUUUUGAUCUUUCGAAUAUAGAAGAAAAAGAGCCUUUAGUUUCUCAAUUUUCAACCCAUAAAAUUCUUAAAGAAACAUUGUUUACAGAAUUUAAAAAACAAAUAGCUAUAGCUUACGAUGCAGAUGUUAAUAAGAUUAGAUUUUGGGUAAUGGUGAAUCGACAAAACAAAACUAUUAGACCAGAUACUCUUGUUCCUGAAAAUGAUCAAACACUAACAUUGGAAAUGAUUAGAGAUAAAAUGUUUCCUCGUAGAGGAGAUUUAUUGUUAUAUAUGGAGUCUUUUUCUAAUACUUCUGAGGAAAAUUUUUUAGAAACAUGGAGUUCACUAGAUGGUACAGGAGGCAAUACAAAAAUUCUCAUAUUUUUGAAAUAUUUUGAUAUUGAAAAACAAACACUACAAGGAAUUACACAUAUUUAUAUUAACAAACACGAUAAAAUUGGUGUACUGACUUCUAUUAUUUGUUCUUUAAUGAAAUGGCCUUUUACAACAUCAAUUCAACUUUAUGAAGAAAUCAAACCAAGCAUGAUUGAAGUAAUGAAAUUAAAACAAACAUUUUAUCAAGCAGAAAUACAAGAUGGUGAUAUUAUUUGUUUUGAAAAAACUAUUUCAGAAGAAGAAACUGAAAAAAUUGCAUCUAAUGGAGGCUAUGGAUCUGCUAUUGAGUAUUAUGACUUCUUGUUGAAUAAAAUAAACGUAUCGUUUAAACCGAGAUUUGUUGAUCAAAAUGUAACAGAAGAGUUUGAUUUAGUAUUAAGUAGAAAGACAACAUAUGAUAUGUUAUCCUUUAAAGUAGGUGAGUACCUGAAUGUUGAACCGACUCAUAUUCGCUUUACAACUGUUAAUUCUACAACCCAAAUGCCUAAAUUUACAGUAAAAAGAGUUCCUUCUUUGACUUUACAAAAUAUUCUUCAGCCUGCAUAUUUACAAUCUCCGUUGAAUACUUUAUUUUAUGAGGUAUUAGAGAUAAGUCUUAAUGAGCUUGAAACCAAAAGAAUUUUGAAGGUUGGAUGGUUACCGGAUGGUAUAACAAGAGAAGAACUUAUAGAAGUCCUUGUUCCUAAGACAGGAACGUUGAAAGAUGUUGUUCAAUCUUUAAUAGCUAAAUUGAAUAUGUCUCCUGAACUAGUGGAUCGUUUUCAUAUGUUUGGAGUUCAUUCGAAUAGAAUUUAUAAAGAUUUUGAUCUUACAUAUCCUGUUACUGCAUUACAAGACUUUCUUCUUUUAUACGCAGAAUUGAUACCUGAAAAUGAGCUUGUUUUAGAAGAAAAUGAUCAAUAUAUUAACGUAUAUCAUUUUCAGAGAGAACCAACUCGAUCUCACGGUAUUCCAUUUCGAUUUAUUAUUAAACCGAAUGAAAAAUUUAGUCAGACAAAAUUAAGGUUAUUAAAGCGAACAGGUUUGAAAGAAAAGGAUACUGGUAAAAUUAAGUACGCUCUUGUUCAACAGACGUCGUUUGUAAAACCACGUUAUUUAGAGGAUGAUGAUAUUAUAUAUGAUAUUUCAAAUAAUUCUGAUGAUUUGCUUGGAUUAGAUCACUUAGAUAAAACUGUUCGAACUGGAAGAUAUGGUGAAAAAGCUAUUUUCAUUAGAGGAUGA